AUGAGUGAGGAAAACAAUAGCGAGGUUUUCAACAAGAUCAAAACGCAUUUCCCGCCUGCUAAAAUCAAGAAGAUCAUGCAAACAGACGAAGAUAUCGGUAAAGUCUCGCAGGCGACUCCUGUGAUCACAGGACGGUCUUUGGAGUUUUUCAUAGCCAUGCUGGUGAAUCGCAGUGGCCAUGUUGCCAAAGAAAUGGGAUGCAGACGCAUAAGCGGAGACGUGAUGAAGAAAACGAUCAUGACAGAUGAGAAAUUCGAUUUUCUGCGAGAGCUGAUAUGCGGAGAAAAUGUCAGAAACGAGGAGGAGGAGUGA